CGACGCAGGGCCAGGUCACACUUGGUUCCGAAAAUUUUCCGGAGACUGGUCCGCCGUGCUCGUGCUCUUCAUCUCUGUCUCCACCGCCACCGCCGUUACGUCGUGCGUACCAGAAGAUCGUGACUCUUGAACGACGAGGAUGCACAGAUUGCUGAUUUUGGUAUUCUUGGUCGCGCGCGUCGCAGCUGGACCCACGUUGAACUUGAAUUCGCAGUCGCAGGAUCAGGAUUGCUUGGAGAAUGACAACCGCAUGUACAGCUGCUUCUUGGUGAAGACCUUGGUCGCCCUCAACAAAGCCGAUCGGUCGAAUGACAUUAAAAUCAUCGAAGGCAUCACCUUCAUGCGGGAAACACCGAUGGAGCGCACGGCGAAGAAUCUGCAGUCCGAGCAGGCGCUGCUCAAUAAACUACCGCAAGAAGAUAGCACCAGAAUGGCAACACUCCUGAGCAUGUUGUAUGAUUCAGCCAUCUCUUUCAUGAAGAGUCACAGUCUGAAAUUCAACAUGGCCGAAAUAUCCAUCCCACAGAUCCUGGCUGAAGGACGGGCCAAGGCCAAGAAGACGUGGUUGCCGCUGAUCACCGCAAUCGGAAUUAAGUUUUUCGCGGUGAUGCCGUUCUUGCUCGGCAGCUUGAGCCUGCUGACCAUGAAGGCCCUCUUCAUCGGCAAAAUCGCUCUGCUGAUCGUCGGAAUCAUAGCGUUCCAAAAACUUUUCAGCGGCGGCGGCGGCGGCGGCGGUUACUUUCCCAAUAACGCACAGUUUGCUGGUUGGGACAACAACGCGGCCUGGAGCAACGCUGCCGCGAAUAACCAGAUACCUUAUAACAAGAGGAGUCUGCAAGACGAAGCUGUCACGAGGGCUGAUGCUCAGUACCUGGCAUAUUCCGCAUACGUACCAUCGACCGUCAGCUAUAACAAUUAAAUGCGAUUCUCCUCGCUCGACUGUCCGCAUCGAGUUGACGUCGGAAGAAGCUGAGAUUAAUCCGACAGCCAUACAACGCGGAGUCGAGAAGCUCCUCAAGGCCAUUGGACCCACCUACGACUGUUAGAUUAUUCUCUCUCUUAGAUUAGUCUCUCUCUCUACACGUAUGUAAUUUAUAUGCGAAUUAUAUUGAUAUAAAUUAUCGAGCAAUCCUAUGCAAUAAGUGAUUACAUGUCUUUUGUAUUUAAUAUUAUUUAACAGUAUUCAAUGUUUGUAUGAAUAUUUGAUAAUAUGUAAUACUCGGUACA